AUGGCGGGACGCAAGAAAACGGUAGAAAAAAGUGGAAUAAACCAGGUGGCGCUGACCAACUAUUUCUUGAUGAGUCAUGGACAAGCGGUGAACCGGGGGACCGGGGUUAAGCGGGAAGAUGAUGAGCCGGAUACAAAUCGACCUGGACUAGAGACUAAGAAAUCGUUUGGGAGCUCGAGUCUUUCGUCUGUUGCUGACGAGAAUCCACCCACACCUCGUCGCUCUAGCCGCAUUAGCGCCAGCGUCACACCUGCUCCUACUGUUCCCCCUCCACCGCGCACACGCACGUUUGUGCCUCUCACUCCCCCCCGCAUGCCUCCUGGACGUAUCAAAGGUCCUUCGCCCCUGCGCAGCCGCGACAAGCGCCGCAGAACAUCGCCACCGUGCUAUUGGACUGCCGACGACUACUGCGAUCCCUCCGACACCGAUGAAGUUCCCAGUAGCCAGAAAGAUGAUGCAGAACCUAUGAUCGACGAUGACCUUGAAACACUCGAGUCUAUCCCUAUAUUUCACAUGUCAUCCCCCUCGACAUCUCUCUCGUCUGUCGAGCCACCCACUCCGGCAAUAUCCACUCCACCACGUCCGCUUUCUCCCGACUCAAAAACCCGCCACAUUGUCGACGACAUCCGCGCCAGGGCCCGUGCCAAUGCAGCCUCCACUUCCCCCACCCUCAAGCGAUCUCACUCUCCAUUGGACGAUAGCGACUCGGAUUCCCUUCCCGACGGUAAUUUCUUCUUUGGCAACACGGCCCAACCGCACAAGCGCCGUGCCUCAUCUACACCAUCUCCGAAAGCCGUCAGGCGCUCGGCGCGGAAAUCCAAACGUCCAAAUUUAUCCCCAGCCACGAUUGUCUCUUCCAAACCAAAAGCCAAACCAGCUUCCAAUCCAUUUGCUGCCCUUGUCAAACAACACGCUGCCCGCGCCAAACGAGAAGAGUCUCUCCCGCGUGCUCCCGACGGAUCACGCCAGACGAUCUUCGACGUAGCCAACGCCGCACUCUUGCGCGACCCCGAUGCCAGUUUCGAUGAUCCCGAGGGUGGCUCACAGGAAUCCAAUGCGGCCCUUAAUCAACUGGCAGAAAGUGGCUUUGCAGCCGAGGCAGAACGCGUCCGUCGAGCCGGAAGCACAGGAAACAUCGACUUUGGAUGGCGUGUGUUUGCAACCGAGCAGCCCAGUGGCAAGAUGUUGGCCGAACUUCCGCACGGCCUCGAAGGGAUUCUCACUACCCCGCUCGCAAAAAAGGUUUGGGGAUGGAUUACAGUCAAGGUGCAUGCCCAGGAUUACGAUGCUCUCGCGGAAAUACUAAAUAGUAACCUCGUCGAGAUUGCAUUUUCCAAUCCAUCCGAGCGAGCCGCGCUGGAAAGGGUUAUCAAGUGGCUAGUCGAACUUGUCACCCUUUCACCCACUUCAAGCCGGACCGCGCGAUAUGCUCAGCAACAGGCUGUAUGCCUCGUGAGAUACCUGGAAGACUCGGACGCCCACGACCGGUGUGCAAUGCACGCUGCACGCUGUGCUCUACGAGCUGGACCCCCCGGUGACGGUGUUUAUCUUGCCCGUUCCAUUCUUGGCGAAUUACAAACCGAGCCGAAGUAUGCUUCGACCACUGGGCACGAAAGGAACUCCAGAAUUUGGCUCUGUGCCCAGUUGCUCAGAGCCCUUGCGCCGAGGGCUAAGAAUAUCUUCCCUGUGAUUGUCGUUCUCUGCUUACUCGGACUCGACCCGGCCCUGCAGGUUGGGACACGUUCCGAGAUUGCGGAAGUGGUCGAGCAAUGCUGGAUCACCAAGGCCAAAUCUCCCGAAUCCUCGCUCUUUUCCGCCUUUACCGGACUUCCCAUUCAACAAAAGCGAGAUUUGGUGAUUAGGGUCAUUAGAGGUACUCGACCCAUUGGAGUCUUGCUAUGCAUGUGGUUGUCUAUCGCGUUUUUGGAUAACCAAGGCCUGACGGGUGUCUCUCCUGCUGCUCAGCUGUUGGACAUUGCAAUGUGGGAUAUUGGGGCGCUCGUCCAGGCCGAACGAAACGCCGGGAGAUCAGUCAAGUAUCAAGCGGGCGUGCCGAUCGACAGCACGAUUGCUGAAGUCAUUGGGUAUUUGACGGAUGUGCACGGGCGGAUCUUGGAUGCUCGUGCGACCGACCUGGAAAAGACGACAACCAAGGCGUACCUACAGACCCUGCAGGUCAGGCUUGGGUGGGAUUUGAUGGAGGCCGCGAGGAGUGGGCAGCGCAAAGGGAUGAAUAUUAAGGAGCUGUGGGGCAAACCGAAGCCAAGACCCUGCUAA